AUGUACCUGCGGUUGGUCACAAGGUUCGCCCCCCCAUCUGUCAUCUAUAUAGAUGAAUUGCUGUUCCCAAUGGGACAUAAAGAGAUUGGCAUAACUAGGGGCAAACCUCGUGCCCAUCGCACUACCGCAUAUUUGAGGAUAAAAAUGAUCACCAAACCAAAAAUAGUUGUUUCGAAGUAUCCAGUCUAUUCCUUCAAUAACGAAGUUUAUUUGUUCUGGAUGAAAUUUAUUUGAUUGAUCUAAAAAUAUCUUAGUCGCUAAGCAGCCUCUUUCGUGUGAAAUUAUGGUAUAAAGAGAGGUAACGUCUGAUGUUACCAGGUAGAAGUAAUCUUCCCAUUUAAUGUUUGUAAGAACUUGCAAAAUACUGAUAGUAUCUUUUAAAUAGCUGGGGCAUUGUUGUACAAUGGCUUGUAGGUUCCUAUCUAUAUAUUGAGAUAGGUGACUUGAUAUUGAUUCGAUCCCAGAUAUUAUGGGCCUCCCUGGUGGAUUUUGUAUGUCCUUGUGUACUUUCGCGAGGUAAUAAAACACAGGUAUUUUGGGGUGUGUUAUAUUGAGGAAAUCUUAUUCCUUUGUAUUCAAUAUAUUUUUUUACAUUCCCUUUUUCGAUUAGUGUGAUAUAACUCAUUUUUAUGUCACUUGUGGGGUCUUUGUUAAGUAUUGUAUAUGUACUGGUGUCACUUAAUAAUCUAUUAGCUUCUUUGACAUAAUUUGAAUAUUCUAGGAGGACUGUUCCCUCACCCCCCUCCCCCCCACUUGUCAGCAGGUUUGAUGACAAGUGUAUUGUCGCUUUUAAAUUGUUUAAGAGCUGUUCUUUCCUUUAAAUUUAAUUUUGUUAAUGUCUUGCAUCACCAUGCGUUCAAAGGUAACCAUUUCCUCUGAAAUGCAGCAUUUGGGGAAGAAUUUGGAUUUAUAUCUCAAAUCCGUAUGGAUGAAACCUGAUUGUAUUACCGAAUUGGAUUGUUCAGGAUGUUUAGCGAAAAACUUUUUAAGGCAUCGCUUUCUUUUGAAUCGAUUUAGAUCGAUAAAUAUAUUAAAUUUAUCAAUACCUUUUGUUAAUGAGUGUUGUGAUGGUGUUAGGGUUCUAUGUGUCAAAUUGAAUAUUCCAUGCCCUUAAUUGGUGUUAAUGUCUGUUUUUUCUUUUCUCUUCUGUAUAUGAGUUCCUCCUCUAUUUCCCCGUCUUCUGGACUCUUUUGUCUCUUGCCUGGAGAUUUUGGGGGCGAUGGGUUUACUUUGCAUCUGUCCCUCUUGUGAGGUGUUUGAAAAUCCUCACCUCUUGGUGAUCUUUCUUAAUAGUUUGAUUUGUUUAUUGGGGAACGUGUCAGGGAUUCAGUCCUCCAGGUAUGUUUCUAUUAGGACCCGUGAUUGUAUCUCUUUAUUGUCUUUCUCUGUAUGUGUGUCUAUUUUCUCUUAUUGGGGAUUUGUUACAUUUCACCACUUGAGCAUAGGAGAGAUGAUCUCUAAAUGGUCUGUGUGGUGAAAAUCUCCUAUCUCUUUGAUCCCGUGGUCUGUAUUCCCUAGUAUUCCCUAGUCCUUUUUGGUAGAGAGAAGUGUGUUGACUUUUGGGAUAUCCACCCUUUGGUGUCUAUUAGGGGUUUUAUAGUUGUUUCUAACCCUAUAGUCAUUUUUUUUUUUGUAUGGGUUGUUGAUAUACAGGGUUCUUGUUGUAUGUCCUCACUUGUUUUUUGGAAUAGUCAAUGGUGUCUCUUUGGUAUUUUCUUUUUUUUUACUUCAAUUGCUUUAUUCUCUAGUCUUUUGAGACUAUUUUGUAUUUCUCUAGUUGUUGCAUCAUAUUCUUCCAGUGAGGUGUUUGAAAUGAGAGUAUUUUGAAAUUGAUUAAUUUCUAUGUCUAAUUGCGUUAAGGUAUAUUUUCGUCUCUUUAUAAUGAAUUGCAUUAAAGUGAAUGAGAAACCUUCUCAUUGUUCCAUCCAUUCAUUAAUGAAUUCAUCUUCCUCUUGAUCAAAGGAUGGCUUUUAGAGAAUCGUAACCCCCCUAGGAGUUAUUCUUUCUUUAGUGUACUUUUCUAAUGUGGCUAUCUCCCACUUAAUUUUUAUUUCCCUACUUAAUACUUUUCUAGGGAAAAUUUGUAGUCAUGAAGUCGAAAUUUACAAUAUAUAAUAUAGAUACAAAAACACCUGUGUGCAGGUAGAUAACACACUUAGUGGGUAAUAAAUAUAAAAAUACAAAAAUUACCCUUAGUCAAAAGUGAAGUAGAUGAAAGGACUCCUCUUAUGUCCUUAAAACAAUAUUGAAAUACUACCAGAAGGCAAUCUACAACACAAAAUAAUAGAAAUGGACAUAGAAUAGUAACGUAGUGUAUUGGGAAUUUGUAGAAAUAAAUGAUUACACUCACAGACCCAAUUUGAUUGCAGGCAUAUCAUAAAUAACGAUGUAUGAACUUCUCGAUUUGUGGAACGUCAAUCCCAUGUAUAAGAGGAAGAAUAGAAAAUAAUAAUAGUGCAGAGUAUCUUAAAUAAAAUUAACAAAAUUUAUUACAAGAUACACUUACAAGAAAGGUGUAUCAAAAAGGCACAUCAAACUCAGCUGAAGCUGCAAACCAGUCCCAGGAUCAGAAGAGCAGAAAAACCAAAUAAGAUAAAAUACAUUUAAACAUCUAUAAAAACAAAUACUCCGCAUAUAAGAAACAAGCCCUACGCGUUUCGUUCAUAAAAUGAACUUCAUCAGGGGCAUCCAGUCCUCUGUAAACAAAAAUACAUAAAACACUCGUCUUUUAUAACUACAAUCAAAUUUGCCGCGAAGAAAAUCAGCUGUGCGUGUUACUUCCGGGUUUCGGCUUCGGUGUAUUUCCGGAUACGCCCCUAUUGCGUUCCGGGACUUCUGUCCAAGCCUCACUUUGAAGUUCAUCUAGUUGAACGGAAGUCAAGACGAAUGUGCGUUCCAUUUUGCGUUCCAUUCUCGGGGUUAGACACAUACAUCCCCAGAGCACAUCGUUAUAUAAAGAAAACGAAAUAAACAUAUGUGUGAUCAUAUAUACAAAUAUAUAGAGAAGGGAGGAGUAUCACCUAAUUUAGAAAAAGGGGAAUAAUACAAACUCAUAAUAAAAAAUAAAAAUAAAUGACAAAAAUAAUCAAAUAAAGAUGAAGAUAAAAAUAAAAAUAAAUAAAUUAUAUUAAAAAAAAAUAAUAAAAAAUAAAUAAAAUAUAAAAUAAAAAUAAAAUAAAUGGUAAAAUAAAUUAAUUGAAAUAAACAAAAAUAAAAAAUAAAAAUAAAAUAGAAAUAAAUAAAAUAGAUAAAUAAAAUAAAAAUAAAUAAAAAUAAAAAUAAAAUAAAAGAAAAAAAUUAAGAACAAAGUUAAAAUUAACAAUGUAAAAAUAUAACAUAGAAAAAGAUAAAUGAAUAAAUAGAUAAAAAAGAAGAAAAAAAUACAGAAAAAAUAAAACAAUGUAAAAGAAAAUCAUAAAAAACAAACCAAAUCAAAAUCAACAUUUAGACCCCUCGGUUUCAUAGUUUGCAAUGUAUGAAUCCAAUAGCCCUCUCUUUUUCUUAGGGCCAUCAUCAGAUCUCCUCCUCUCUCAUUUAAAAUUACCUGCUCUAUAGCUACACAUUUAAAUGUGUCAAAAUGAAAUAGUAAGCACUUGUUACAAUGUACGGGUACUGAGUGCGAUAAUAAACCUUUUUUAAUAUUAUUUCUGUGUUCUUGAAACCUAACUUUGACUUUCCUCCCAGUUCUUCCAACAUACUGCAUCCCACAACCGCAGGUGAGGAGAUAUACCACGUAAGAGGAAGAACAAGAUAUUUUAUUUUUAAUUUUAAAUUUAACUUGAGUUUGUGUGCUUGUAAACUCCUUUACAACACUAGAUCGAUGACUACAGCUUUUACAAUUCCCACAUGUAUAGAGACCAGCAAAUGGAUUAGAAAAAUCAAAGCAUAUUGAACGCUGGGAUAUGGCACUUGAAAAAUGCUCUGACACUUAUGGAGAUUAUAAUCGAUUUUGAAAGGGAAAAUUUAAAUGUUGUUUCUAACGAAAUGGAUAAUCUAUCUGAAAUGAAUACUUUUGAUAAAGACAUCCCUGAUUUCAAAAAGAAAGAAAAAGUUCUUUUCGAUAGGAUAGAGAAACUUGAUGAUAAUAUUGCACAGACUAAAAAUAAGAAAUAUCUAACAGACUAAAAAUAAGAAAUAUCUAAGGGAUAAGAGAGAUAAAAAUAAUAAUACCCAUUCAACCCUUAACAAAAUCGAUAAGAAGCUAAGAUAUAGAGAAAAUGGUAGAUUCAAUUUUAGAAAUCAAAAUAGAGAAGGACCUUUACAAAGAAAGGGUGUACCUUUAGGUGAUAAACCUAAGUGGACUACACCCUCAAGAAAUUCAAUUAAAUAUAAAAAUAUUAACGGGAAUUCUAUUCAUCCUUCAUCACGUCCAUUAAGAGAUACAGUUCCCAAUAAAGAUACUGUCAAUCAAUCCUCCACUUCUAACUCUAAUCUAAGUAGGGAUUUUUUAGAGAAGGGGCAAGACCGAAGAAAGGGAGCAAUUACGGAAUUUUUUCCACCCAGAUCUCAGGAAUUGCCCCUGACCAAUCGCUUUGCCCCUCUCAGGGAACGCUAUACCCCAGGGAAGAGGCGGAGAUUGAGUGGAGAGAUAACUCAAACGAAUUACAAAUAGAAAGUUUGGGAAUUUUUAAUAUCUCUGGAUUUCUCUUUCUCUUUUGCAGUGCUUAGAUCACUCCACUUUGCAUAUGUGCUGUACUGUUUUAUGAUUGGUUACUUUGGUUCUAUGUAAAUUUUCUUUGUUGCUGUACAGUUUAAUAAAGCCUCCUGUCAUGUUGUAUAAUUAGAUGUGUCUCCAUGACAAUAUGUCCCUUAUCGGCUAAACAGGUAGACAGAAAGUGCUUCAUAAUUAAGAGUAUGCCUAAUUCCACAGGCAAUAUAUUAAUGUGCUCUAUAAAACAUGCGGAUAUAUGUAAGACUAUGUAGGCUGAUUAUUAUAUAGCAACCCCAUGUUAAAAUGUAAAAAAAAAAAAAAAACUGCAAACAUUUUAGUAUUUCAAGAAUACACACAGCCAGAUAUACACAUACAUACACAAAUGAAUCAGUUACAACAUGAAUAUCCGUAGUCACCCUCCAGUUCACAUACCUUUUUGGCACAGGAGGAGAAGGGAAGAGAGGAGUGGGCUGCCGGGGCAGUGGCUUCAGUUUUUCUGACCUCCAUUUGCUUUCCACUCUCAGUUCACUGGGAGGAACUGAGCCACAACGCAGGAAUAUUGCAAAGGUGAAAGGGGACCGUUCCAAUGAACAGACAAAGUGCUUUACUGGUCAACCGAGCCCCUCAGAGUUUCUGCCUAUUGGAGACCCUAAAGUCUGAUUGCCUUGGCUUCAUGAUGGACCCAAACUGCACCAAAAUUUUCCCAAGACGUUGUGCUGCCUGGGUCCAAAGAUGAAAUGCUGCCCCCUCAUCAAAACCACACCUACCAAAACAUACCCAUCCAUUAUGCUAUAAAAUGAUCAUUGAAACUUAUCAGGAAGUAUUAAAAUAAAAAUAUAGGGGUUGCAUUGUGUGUGUAUUUUAUAUUGAAGGGUGGCCUUACAGCACUGGAUGCAAAGAGCUAGUUUCUUUUUUCAUCAUUCAGAAGCUUGCAGUGUCGUAGCUUACUAAAUAAUAACGUUACAGAUAACUGUUUUGUUUAGCAUUAUUAGUGCUGGUUGCACACAUCGGUAUGUGGGUGGCCAUGGUCAGGUCAAGCCCAUGCCAGGGCAUGUUUAGGCGGCAGCCUGUUUAUCAAGUUGCUUGCACUGCCGGUGCGUCAUGCUUUGUGGGUGCCCCAAGCUGGCCUUCCUUGUUUAUAUUGCGAUUGCCUUACUAGACCUGGAGGUUAGCCCUCUGUCAUACCUCUUCACUGCCCUGUAGUUUGAGGUGAGCCAUCUUUCCCCACAGACCUGCAGUGCUCUUAUUUUGUAUUUAUUUUUGCCUAUCAGCAAGCCUUGGGUGUUGCCCAUGUGUGCGGUUGUAUACUUUAAUGGGGUAUUUUAUUUACCCUGCUGCCAGAGUGGUUGAGCUCCAUUGUUUUGCUUCACUGGUACCCUCAACCUUUGUUGUUGGCUUUACAGGUGUCUCUUUGACCAUGGCAGACUCUCAGCCAUAGGCCAUGAUAAAUGCAGAGGUGGCAGCUACAGUGGAGAAGGUGAUCUCCAGAGUGCUCUUUCAGUUAUCCCUGCAAAAGCAUUCUCCAUUCUUCGUGUUCACUCCCAUGACUUUGAGUACUCUGGGGAUUCUGAUGCCUCUGGGAAAAGUGGUCCUUGUACAGCUAGACGCCAUUAGAAGGGUGAGUGGAAGCAUCUUAGGAAGGUGAAUGGCAUAGAGCCUGUUAAGGGUCAUAAAUGCUCUAUUGUGUCAGAGCCAAAACUUCCUCCAUCAUGUCCAUAUUCAGAGGAAGAUAACCAAGAUUUUCCUUGCUCCCUCUCCACGUUGGAUGAAUGGCAAGCAGGACAUUCUUCUUCAGAUGAGGAACCAUGGGAUGUGGCCCAGGCCCAAAAGUCAUCUUGUGUUCAAGAGACUCUAGUGGAUGAGACCAAUUUAGCAGAUGGUGGUGAUGCAGAGAUUAUCCAGAAGGCCAUUGGCAAUAACAUUUUUGACUCAUGGUGCAUUAGGUAUUCUCACUCUGUGGAUUUGACCCCGCCAGACCACCUAACCAAAUUAUGCAUUUGUGUCUCCGGUAACCCUUCGAGAAAGAGGUUCACAAUCAACCAUGAUCCGUGUGCCCAUGUUUGGUUUUACCUGAUAAGGUUGCCAUGACUCCAGAGUUUGACCAAAUGAUGUUGACCUUCAUGCCUCGGAGUGGUCAAGACCUGUGUAAGGGUCUGGAGAGGAGCCUAAAAUAGGUCCAGGAUAAGUUUCUAGACACUGUGGUGCCCCUGGCAUAUAUUCUCUAUCUGGCAGAUGAUGUCCAAGGUGGAUGAUGCUUUUGAUACUCAUUCUGUGUGGCAGUAGGCUCAAGACAAUUGACUCAGUGCUUCUUUUUUUUUCUUGCAAACACCAAUGUGGCACCCUCGUGCAAGAGUAGGAAGGCCGUAUUACUCCACUUCGAUAACAAAUUGUCUGACUUGGGCUCCAAGGAGGCGAGACCCCAAGUACGGGGCAUGCUCUUCAGAGAGGCCUUCGUGAAAGAGCUACACAAGCACAUCAAUGUAUUUACCUCUCUUAGUAAAGCAUAAGUGUCCCUCAAGAAGGUGUUUACUGAAUAGUGAUGGCUAUUAUAAUAUUAAUAUAGGACGUAAUGUCUACACAACAGCCCCCCUUACUAUUCUAACAGUAAGGGGGUGCGAGAUCUAAUGUCCCCACCACAGCUAUUUAACAACAUCACAUCUCUGACAAGCCAACCAAUAAGGGCAGGAUUUUCACACUUUGAAGCGUCAUUUUGUACUGAGACAUGGUGAGACGAAAUAAGAUUUACUUUUUUUGUAUCCCAUUUUCAUUUUUCUGUAGGAUUCUUAUCCGAUUAGUUGUUUUCUUUCAAGAGUUUUAUCUCCUAUUGUUUCUAUUUUUUUUUUUUUUUUUAAAUAGACUUCAGAUGGUAAAUAUUUUUACAGCUGUUAGUUUUAAUGUCCUCUCACUAUUAUUUGGGUGAGGGAAUAUGUAUGGUAAAUUUGUCUCGAGGGGGUGACUAGGAAAUUUGAGUUCCCUAGCCACAUAGUAGGGGGGACAAUGGCAAGUAUCUUUUUUGUGCAUUUUAUAACUGCAUCACCUUCUCAUCAUUAUAUAGUAGUAAAGGUUCUGAUAGAACUGAGCAAAACGCUCUGGUAUCCCUUGGAUGAUGCUGUCAUCUCAAUUUAUUUGCCAGCAUGAUGUACGGUUUAAUCGCCUUUUCAAAGUAUAAUCUUUCCAAACCACAUAUUUCCCCCCAUAGUCUUUUCUUCUGACAGUUUCAUAAUGUAUUCUUUCCCUCACAAUAUCUGUCAGAAUUUUUUUUUUUAUAUAUAUAUUUACAUAGUGUAAAAAGAGGCACGUGUCCAUCAAGUUCAGCCUUUCUCACAUUUUUUUGCAGAUGAUCCAAAAGAAGGCAAAAAAAAAGUUUGAGCGCUUCCAAUUUUGCAAUAAACUUGGAGCAGAAUCAUUCUACCUCAAAAUAGCAAUCAGAUUUAUCCUUGGAUCAAGCAGCUAUUACCCCACAACUUAUAGUUAUAUCACUGAAUAUGCCUCCAGUUGCUGAUUAAACAUCUGUACAAAAUCUGCAGAGAAUUCCACAUCAUUAUUGUUCAUACUGUCAAAAAAAUCCUUUCCUUUGUCUUAGACUACAUCUCCUUUCUUCCAGUCUAAACAAGUGACCUUGUGUUUUAUAUAUAUAUGUCUUGUUUAUAAAUAUAUUUCCAGACAAUGGUUUGUAUUGGCCCAGAAUAUAUUUGUAUAAUGCUAUCAUAUUCCUGUCUGAGGCGCCAUUUUUCUAAACUUAAUAAGUUUACAUGUGUUAUCCUUUCUUCAUAGCUAAAAUGUUCCAUUCCUUUUAUUAAUUUUGUAGCCCACCUCUGCAAUUUUUCUAGUGCCAUAACAUCCUCUUUUUAGAACAGGUGCCCAAAAUUGCACAGCAUAUUCAAGAUGUGGUCUUAUAUUGGCUCUCAGGUCCAGGAUACUCCCACACAAAACAAGAUAAUCCCUCCCCUGUGCAAUAAAUUGAGUCAGGCACUGUGCUAAACUCAAAUAUCUCCAGGCACAGAAAACAUACAUUUUAAUAACACCCCAGAAAUACCCCCAAAACACAUGGAAAACCCACAACAGUCACGUCCUCUGAUGGUCCCCGAGAUCGGGGCUAACAUAUCCAAAAAUCACCCAGAUCGGUUCAGGAUUUCCAUGGAAGUCAUAAUUUGACCGACCGCACACAGUCUUAUGCCCAAAACACUUCCACAGUUUCAGAGGUAGAGGUCGGUCUACUUCGAGGAGUUCUAAAACGGAACAAAUCCACAAACUGUUCCCCUAGUUCAUGGGAACAAACCUACCGAAUACUGCUCUACUGGCUAGUCGGUGAAAAGAAGCAGGCGUUUGUGAAGUUAACCGGCGUUCGGGAAGUCGAGUAUCCGAUUUUAGUUCCAGACACUGGACGACCAAGUCCCGCUGCCUCUUUUCAUGCGACAAGAUGGCUGCCAUCUUCUCCAGCAUGUGGUGUUCGGCUAUACGAACGGCAGCCACACAGAGCACUUAAUAUGCAGUUCUCUUUGUAGUUAAUGAGCCGGGGGUGGUCGGUGUUCAGUAGUUUUAUUUACUGAACGAAAAAAGUUAACGAACAAAAGUGUAAGUUCUUCACAAUAACGUUUACACAACUAGUUGAUAAGUAUUGCUUACCUCAAACGCUCCAAUACGCAUAUCUCCAAGUAUCACACUUCCUUGUUUCUACAAUGUGAUAUUGUGAUUACGGACAUUUCUCUGGCUACACAAUAUUGAAAUAGAGAUAAUGUGAAAGGCAAGUUUUUUUUUGUUUGUUUUUUUUUAUGUCUUUUAUCACUCCACUGCUAAUAUUCAUAUGUGACUGUGAUACGCAAAUUUGUACUGUAUAAUGUGGCACAAUCGUCAGAAGUGUGUAAUUGAUUGACAUGUAUCCUUUAUUAUAAAGCCAAUAAAGAUUGUCAAAUGUAAAAAUAAAAGAGAAACUCCAUGGCCAGGUAACUGAAGAAUGUAUACAUUUGUUUGAUAUCCAGAUAUGUAGAAUGUGCAGGCACCGUUUCACAAUCUGUCACUGGGUUGCUAUGAGGAGGCUCACAUCCAUGGAAACAAGCAUGUUACGAUUGUGUUAAAGUAUUUUUUUGUGUAAUAUUAUCAUAACUUUUUCAUGUAUUUGCUACAUAGAAAGGAUCUGUCACUUUUAUGUUUCAUUCAGUCUAAUUUGAAUUUCAAAAUUUAGCUAUUUUGAAAUCACAGCAUUUUACACUUGUGAAUAACAAUGCAAGAUUGGUGAUUGAAUUGUCAUGUAAAUCUAAUUUAUUUAAUUUUUGUUUAGCAAUCUUGUCUCUCUCAUGACUGAUGUUAUGAGAGAUUAUAUAUUGGAAAUUUCACAAGCCUCUUUUAAGAGUCCCCACCUUAAAUAGGGAUUUAAAAGGACAGAUAUAUCUUUUGUAGGCUGUUUUCAGACAGUUAUUCUGUGUCCACUGCUUCUAGAAGGUCUAACAAAUUGCUUUGUAGUUCAGGUCACCUAGUGCUGUCAAUGGCUGAGCUGCGUGCAUAUAUUUGAUAAGGAAGUCUUUUUCUGAUAUGGGGCAUGGCUAAGGAGGAAGGCUUAUAAUGCAACAUUCUGCCACACAAUUAUUUUGUUGUUAAAAAUUAUAAAGAUUUGAGCAUGCAAAAAAUAUAGUAUAUUCAUUAAACCAAAACCUAUCAACUGUAUUAAAGUUUUUUUGGUGACUUUAAGUCACUCUGAAAGAGGUUUCGUUUUUUUUGUUUUAUCCUAUAUAUGCAUGAUGGAGUAACUGGCGAGGGAAAGUUAGUAUUUUAUGAUGGAAGUUUUACUCUUAAGAAAUGGAAAAUAUGAUCAUUUAUGUCCCCACACACACACAGACAAAAAAAAAAAAAUAUUGUCAGGGUUAUUUACUACAGUGAGAAUUCAAAGUAAAUUCAAAAUUAAUUUAAAAUGUAAGGUCAAAAUAGCUAAACUGGAAACAUUCUCAAAUUCUUCUAGUAUGGCUACUCUAUCCUUAAGUUUAAAAUUCACCUUGAAUUCGUCUUUACACUAUAGUAACCAGAACAACUACAGCUUAAUGUAUUCUGGUGAGUAUAAUAGCUCCCUUCAGACAUUUUCAUGUAAACACUGCCUGUUCAGAGAAAAGACAGUGUUUACAUUGCCCCUAGGAACACCUCCAAGUGACCACUCCUCAGAUGGCCACUGGAGGGGCUUCCUGGCUCAGGGCUUCACAGUAAGCAGCCCUGCCAUUCAGCAUCCCCACGAUCUGCAUGGGGACACUGAAUUUUCCGCAUAGAGAUGCAUUGAUUCAAUGCCUCUCUAUGUGGAGGUGCUGAGUGGCCACAACUGUGUUUGGCCCCGCCCCUUGCCGUUUUUAGCCAAUCCAAUGCUUCCCCAUGGAAAAGCAUGGGAUUGGCUAAAUAUCUGCUAUUUUUUAAGAUGUCACCAAGAGGGCGGUGCCAGCGCCAGCAGACCCGCGGAGAGCUGAAAAUAAGGUUUUAACCCAUUCUGAGAGGGGGGAGGCAAGCCACCUAAAUGAUGGGUUUUCACUAUAGGGUCAGGCAUACAUGUUUGUGUUCCUGACCCUAUAGUGAUCCUUUAAUUCUCACUUUAGUAAGUAAUCAUGUUAGUGCCGGACAUCGUGCAUUAUAAAAUUGUUUUGGAAUUAUGAACAGUUACUUACAGCUCAUGUAAAUAACCCAUGGUUCUAUGUUGGCAUUGAAAAUAAUAACAUAAUAAUAAAACAUACUAAAUAAGUAAAGUCAAGUUUAUGUCUUUACUGCUUGAUUAAGAAAAAUCAAACAUGAAAAAUAACUACAUGACAUUUACAAUUAUCAUGACUGACAAAAAAGCCUGACCAUGUUUUAUUAGUGCAUGAGGAGAUUUACUGUUGCAAUAAUCAAUAAUGCCUUUCCUUUUUUUUUUUUUUCAGAAUUUGUAACAUGUCCAAAUCUGAUACAAAAGCCUUUAAGAAAAUAUUGUUUUUUUCAGUGAUUUUUAUUCUAGCGCUAAGCUUCAGCUUUCGUCUGAGCUUAUUCCAGGUAUGUGCUUCAUUGAUUAAAAUACUAUCAUAUGCUAAAAUUGUUUGUUUAAUAAUUUAAUUCUAAUCAUAACUAUUUCAUUGUUGCCUUCUCACCAGCCUUUGAAAUCUUCAAUUCAUCAAGUAACAUAUUCAGAUCACAAUGUUUCACACAUGGACGUUAAUGAAUCGAGUACAAUUUAUAAUUCUGAUGACACUGACCGAGAGAUAUAUCAGAUUUAUAAUGCCAUAAAUCACACCAUUCCUAAUGUAUCUUUCACUUGGUUAAAUAAGACCACCAGUGCUAAAAACAGCAAAGCAAUCAUAUUAAAUUACAGGAAAAAGUAUUGUAUUGGAGAUUAUUUAACUGUCCGAGUUGACAUGUUUGAUUUCUUGGGAAAUAAGAAGACUUAUGGGGGAGAUUUCUUAAGAGCUCGAAUUUAUUCCCAAAGUCUUGGCGCUGGAGCUUCUGGAAGGAUUGAAGACUUUAACAACGGAUCCUACCUUAUUAAUUUCACACUUUCGUGGGAAGGCAAUGUGGAAAUAUCCAUUAUUCUACUACAUCCAAGUGAGGGUGUGUCUGUUUUAUGGAGAACCCGAAAUAUGGGAUAUCAAAACAUUAUUUAUAUUGGAAAAUUUCUCAACAAAACACAAGAGAUUCACAAGGAAUGUGGAUUUUCUUUAGAGACACAAGAAGAACAAUGUGAAUAUGCAGAUAAAAUACAUGGUGAAUUUUUCUACUGCCUGAAACCUCAAAAUGUACCAUGUGAAGCUCUAAUCUCACUCAAGUGUCAGAUCAGAAAUCAUUCAUAUCUUACUAAAUUAGAGGAAAGCAUGUUUACUAGGUAAAUAUACAUUCUGCUUACUGUAUUUUAACAAACUAGUGUGCUGUUUGAUUCACAGUUAACUAUUUUUUUUUUUUCUACAAAAAUACAUAGUCAUACAUAAUAUCUUGCAUAAGUAUUGUUGCCAUUUUCUGUACAGGACAUUCCGAAUGUUUUAAAUGUGUUUUUGUUUUUGUUUUUGUUUUUUUAAAUUAAUAACAAAACAGUUGAAAACCCCCAAAAAAGCUCUGGCACAUAUAAUUAUGAUAUUUUGAUUAGACGCAAUACCUCUUUUUAUACAUAAAAAAGCACCUUACUAUCUUUUGCAAUGGCAGACUGACAUUAAAUACUAUUGCCUAGUUUGUUAUCUAUAAUAGUUCCCAAUUCCUUUUCAUUAGGCAUGUGCAUGGGCAAAACAAUUGGUUUGGUAGAGCACUUUGGCAAUUCCCUAACUCUACAAGGAUUAGGGUUAGAUUCCUGUCAUCAUUGCCUUAUUUUUUCCUCCCUCUCCUGUUUUUGCCACUUUUCAGAAAUCCAAAGCACUUCGGCACUUCCGAAAUUUGGACAUUCAGAAGCGUCCAAAUUGCUGAAAUACAUUCAAAUAUAAAUUCGGACCAAAACUAAUUGCACAUGUUUACUUUUCAUUGAAUUUUAUCCCUAACUCAACAACCACAUUUAAUCUAUAAAUAUCGUGUGGGUUAUUUUAUUUAUUUCAAAAUGGACGACUUUGGACUUUGCAUUUAUCUGUAUUAUUAUUGCCAUUUAUAUAGCGCCAACAGAGCGCUUUACAAUAUAAUGAGAGGGGAGAUUUAAUUAUAAAUAGAACAAUUACAAGAAAACUUACAGGAACGAUAGGUUGAAGAGGACCCUGCUCAAUCGAGCUUACAUUCUAUAGGAGGUAGGGUAUAAAAUGCAUUAGGACAGGAAAUAGCAAUCAAAUAAGGGGGCAGUGAAGCAGAGCGUAAAGUGCUGCCCUUUAGGAGAGAGCAAGAGACAGGUAUGUGAGGAAGAGGUUACUCUUGGAGGCCAUAAGCUUUUUUUAAAGAGAUGGGUUUUAAGGCCCUUUUUAAAUGAUUGAAGACUAGGGGAGAGUGAUGGCAGUAGGCAGGCUAUUCCAUAGGAAGGGAGCCGCCUGCGAGAAGUCCUACAAGUGUGAGUUGGCCAUACGUGUGUGAGCAGCGGACAGGAGGUGGUCACGGGCAGAGUGGAGAAAACGAGAAGGGGCAUACCUAUGGAUCUGUGAGGAGAUAUGAGGGGCUAGAAUUGUUCAGUACUUUAUAGGUAUGGGUUAGCACUUUGAAUAGACUCCUAUAGGAUACAGGAAGCCGAUGUAAAGACUGACAGAGGGGUGAGGGGUGAGACGACCGACUAGAGAGGAAAAUCAGUCUGGUGGCAGAAUUCAUUAUAGACUGUUGCAGGGCAAUACGGCUUUUGGGAAUACCAAAUAGGAAAAGGUUACAAUAAUCCAUGUGGGAAGCUCCUUGGUAGCAUUUUGCUUGAAAAAAGGGCGGAUGCGGGCUAUGUUUUUAAGAUGGAAUCUAGAGGAUUUGGCAACAUACUGGAUGUGAGGCUCACAGGUGAGGCCAGAAUAAAGUAUGACGUAAGGACAGCGCGCUUGCAAGGAUGGACUUAUGUGCAUACCACUAACUUGAAGAGAGAGCAAAAGAGGAGGAUAAGUAUUAGGAGGAGGAAAAACAAUGAGCUCAGUUUUAGAGAGAUUGAGUUUCAGAAAGCGGUCCGUUGUUGAAUAUUUAUUUCCCCUUGUAUUUCACUUUUCAGCCACAUGGGGGUGCACCAGCGCACGGAGCACCGUACCACCCCGAUAUUCCAUUUAGAAUGCGUGGUUAGAAUGUUCACACCUCGCUAAUGAGGUGUGAAGACUGCAGGGUAACACGCAGCGCGUGCUACCCCUGGGGCACCGCCGGUUCAUUAAGCCGAACGCCACCAGGGGGCAGCAUUCGUAUACCAAACAAGCCUGCACACCCUGUCUUCGGUCCCCUGGUCGGGGAACAUCCUACCUGCUUCUAAGGGAGCUGUAAUCACUUGUUCCCUACCUGGGAGCUACGAGGAGCGCCCAUUCAAGCUGGGUUUGCGCCAUUCUCCUGGUUGGUUGACACGAGUAAAGCGCUGAUUUGUCGCCGCAGGGAGCUGGCGACCAAUCAGAAAAGGAGCGCUUGGUCAAACAGGGUUUUGCGCCCUUCUUUCUGGUUGGGCAGUGAAACCCCCCCUCCUUUGUUCCUGGGCACUGAUUGGUGCGAAUUGGUUUCGAGCCUUUCAUCGGAUUGGUGCAAUCGGGUUUUGCGCCCUUUCCCCUGAUUGGGUGGCGAAACUCCUUCCUCCCCUUAAUGCUAAUUGGUGCGAUUCCUGCCUGGGAAUAAGGGAAGUGUUUUAUGUGGAAUGUAGCCCUCCUUGAGGGGGUCUGUGCCUAAAAGAAGCCUGUAUUAAAUAAAUAGUGUGACUAAACCUCCAACUGUGUGUCGUCCUGUUAUUGGAGGAAAGGAAGAUUUAACCCCUGUGUCUGCUGUUCCAGCUUACAGGGAAUUCAGAAGAUUUAACCCCUGUCUGCUGUUCCAGCUUGCAGGGGAUGAAAAUAGGGUAAAAGUCCUGGUAAGGACUAAAAGCUUCCACGGCUGAGUGUCAUCUCAGCCUGGGAGCAAGAUACUAGGAAGUCGUCCCACUACAGAGAUAUAUAUCUGGGUGUCAUCAGCAUACAGGUGGUAGUGGAAUCCAAAUGAGGUAAUAUGUUUGCCAAGAGAGGCAGUAUAAAGAUAAAAUAUAAGGGAAACAAGGACAGAGCCUUGGGGGACUCCAACUGAGACAGGACGAGGGAAGGAGGUAUCAUUAGAAAAACCACGAGAGGACAGAGUCACAGAGACCGACUCAUUGAAGAGGGAGAGCAUGAUCAAUGGUGUCAAAGGCAGCAGAGAGGUCAAGAAGAAUUAGUAUGGAGUAGUGGCCUUUGGAUUUAGCUGGGAUCAGGUCAUUAGUUACUUUGAUAAGUGCAGUCUCAGUAGAGUGGAGAGGGCGGAAGCCAGAUUGAACAGGGUCAAGGAGAGAGUUGGAAUUGAGGAAAUAAGACAUACGGGUAAAGACAAGUCUUUCCAGAAGCUUUGAGGAGAAAGGAAUCCGGGAUAUGGGAUGAUAGAGGGGAGGACGGGACAACGCCAGAUGAGAGAAAGCAGUUGAAGAUGUGUGUUAAGGAAGGCACAAGACAGGGGGAGAGAGAUCUAAUACGGUGAGAUGGGACAGGAUCGAGCAGGCAAGUGGUGGGGCGAGAGUGCAGCCACCUCUUGUUCAGUAGCAGGGAUGAAAGUCUGAAGGCUAGGGAAGGCAUGAUCUAUAUGUGGUUGAGAAAGAGAACAGCAAGGUGGGGAGAAUUAUUUUCUUAGCUGUUCAAUCUUGUUGGUAAAGUAGCAUGCAAAGCUAUCGGCUGUAAGUUUAGUUUGGGGGGUGGUCACAGCAGAGCGAAGGAGAGAGUUAAAGGUGUCAAAGACACCUGGGUUUGGGGUAGCAUGAACUAAUGAGAGUGGAAAAGUAUGACUAUUUGGCAAGGGCAAGGGCUGCGCUGUAUAAACACAAUAUAAAUCUAUAAUGGAGAUCAACUGCCUGGGUGUGAGACUUCCUCCAGGAGCGUUCAGCACAACCGGCGCUUCUUUGGAGGUAGCGUGUUUAUUUAGUAUGCCAUGAUUGGGUGCGUGUCCUCCUUGAGGUGCAUGUUUGGAGCAAGGCUGCAGCAUUCAAGGCAGGGGUGAGGGUAGUAUUAUAUGUGGAGAUGGCCAGUGAGGGACAGGAGAGGGAAGGGAUGGAUAGUAGUUGUAAAUCAAUAUCUGCUGGAGGUCAAGAGAAUUAAGGUUCCUUCUGAGUUGAGGGGGGUUAGGCUGAGGUUGUUGGGUGAGGGGGUACUUGAGAGCAAAUGAUAAGAGGUGGUGAUCAGAGAGAGGAAAUGGAGUGUUGUAUAUAUUAGAUACUGUACAUGCAUAAAAGAAAAUGAGGUUGAGGGUAUUGCCAGCUACAUGGGUGGGAGAAUUAUCCCACUGUGAUAGCCCGAGGGAGGAAGUAAUUGAAAGUAGUUUAGAGGCUGCUGAGGUCAAAGAUGGGUUAAUGGGAAUAUGGAAGUCCCCGAUAAUUAAGGAUGGAAUAUUAGAAGAGAGGAAGUAGGGUAGCCAGGCAGCAGAGUGGUCAAGGAAGAGACGAAGGGAACCAGGGGGGCAAUAAUAACGGCAAUGUUAGCAGAAAAUGUUUUGAAAAUGUGAAUCAAAUGAAUUUCAAAUUAUGUAAAAGAGAGACAAGGGAGGUGUGGGUGGGUAGAGGUUUGAAGGAGCAGUGAGAUGAGAGGAGAAACCCUACACUACCACCUUUACAUUCAGAGUGUCUUGGGUUGUGGGUAAGUUGAAGACCACCAAAGGAUAAAAAUGCAGGGAUAGCAGUGUCAGAGGGGAAGAGCCAGUUUCUAUUGAAUUGCAUCUGUCACUUGCUUGCCCAGUCCCCAAAUGAUCAAAAUCCUUCUAUACAGAAGUUAUAUUUUGUUCAGACUGUAUUAUCUUACCCAGUUUUGUGUCAUCUGCAAAUGCUGAAAAAUGACUUUCAAUGGUCACUGUAAGAUCAAGUAUGAGCAGAUUAGAGAGAAGUAGAUCAAGGACAGAACUGUGUAGCACUCCACUUAUCACUUUUAUCCAAUUUGAAAAUGUUUUAUUUACAACUUCUCUUUGUACUCUGACUUUGUUGGAGUUUGUUUGCUCACCCUUGCAGAUAGACACAGUCCAAGGUGACCAAGUAAUAAGCCACCUGGACUGUGAAUCUGUGCAAGGGGGCUGUGCAGGAAAGGUGAUUCCAAUGCAGUACCGACAAGGACACAAACAGCAGAAUAGUCCAGGGAUAGCCGAAGUUAAAGGAUGCCAGAGGUCAGGAUAAACGAAGACAGAAGCCAGGGUCAAUAUGGAGUACAAGUUCAGGAGACUUGAAAACAGGAACUGAACACAUAAGCCAGGAUCAAAAACUUGAUAAAGAUCCCAGGGCAAGGCAGUGCUUAUAUACCCAGCUGGUUACUGAUUUGUCUCAGGUGAAGCAAAGGCAAUGACCACAGAAGAGGUUCAGCCCCCAGAGCUGCAGACAUAGCCAGGUAGAACAGGGCUAGAAAUACUCCAAAGAAUAGGUACUGCUGUGGCUUAAGGCAGUAAAGCAGGCCCAGGACUGCAAAGGACCUAGGUUUAAAUCCCCUGUUUGGCACUUCUGGGGCGACCACGUCUGACCGUCUGGAUGUCAUGGUGAGAACCAUUACAGUCUUUAAGUUAGUGUUUUAUCUGGGAACACAAUUACUAAUCUAAAUCAACUGAUUUCAGUUUUAAUAGAAACCUUUUGUGUGUAACUAUAUCAAAUGGCUUUGCAAAAUAUAAAUAAGUCACAACUACUGAAUUACCCUGAUAUAUUUUUCUACUAACUUCUUUAUAGAAUGCAAUUAAGUUAGUUUGGCAUGAUCUGUCGUUCAGAAAAUAAUGUUAAUUUCUGCGAAUGAUACUGUUGCUCAAAAUGAGGUCUUGAAUAUUAUCCUUUAACAGCCCUUCAAAUAAUUUUCAAACUACAUAUGUUAGACUCACAGAUAUGUAGUUUCUGGGUUGAGCUUUUGAACCCCUUUUAAAUGUAGACACCACAUCUACUUUUCUCCAAUCCUCUGGUACAAUUCCUAAAAGAAUCAUGGUAAAUUAAAAAACGUGGUAUGCAUAUUUCUACGCUAAACUCUCUAAGAAUACAUGGGUGAAUACCAUCUGGACUUAGGGAUUUGUUUAUAUUAACUUAAAGUGGCACUGUCAUGGCUGAAUCCAGUAUUUAACUGCCCCCCCCCCCUCCUGACUCCACUACAUUUAAUUGUCCCCCAAAUGCCCCUAAGCCCCCCAUGUAUUAGCUGUGCUCCCCGCCACUUCCUAAGCCUUCCAUGUCCUCCCUCACUCUAUAUUAGCACAAGGGAGAUUGAAAUCUCCCGAAUGCCCCUACUCGCUAUGCUGCAAGUGGGGGAAUGUCUACUAGAGAGUGAGCAACUGGGGAUGGGGGCCCUAAAUGUCAAUGGGGGGAACCUAUUGUCCCCCUUCCCAGCACCCUCCUAUGAGCGGCAGCUGGGGGCCCUAAAUGAACAUGAGGGGCUUAUUGUCCUCCCCCAACCCCCACCCAGGAGCAGUGGGUGGGGGCCGUAAAUUAAAAUGGGGGGGGGGAUCUAUUGGCCUCUCUGGCCCCCACCCAUGAGCGGUGGGUGGGGGCCCUAAAUAACAAUGGGGGGACCUAUUGUCCUCCCCCUGGCCCCAACCCAGGAGCAGUGGGUGGAGGCCAAAAAAUUUAAAUGGGGGGAAUUAUUGCCCUCCCCCAGGUCCCCACCCAUGAGCGGCGGGUAGGGGCCCUAAAAGACAAUGGAGGGGAACCUAUUGGGUCCCCCCCAAACACCACCCAUGAGCGCUGGGUAAGGCCCUAAAUGGCAAUGGGGGACCUAUUGUCUGGCCCCCACCCAUUAACGGCAGGUGGGGGCCCUAAAAGACAAUGGAGGAACCUAUUGUCCCACCCAGCCCCCACCCAUGAGUAGCAGGUUGGGGCCCUAAAUUAAAAUGGGGGGACCUACUGUCCUCCUCCCCACCCCCCACCCGUGAGCGGUGUGUGGGGACCUAAAUGAUGAUGGGGGGGACAUGUUGUCCUCCCCUAGGCCCCCACCUAUGAUCGGUGGGUGGAGGCCCUAAAAGACAAUGAGGGAGAACCUAUUGUCUCCCCCUGGCCCCCACCCAUGAAUGGUGGGUGGGGGCCCUGAAUGACAAUGGAGGGGACAUAUUGUACCCCCCUGACCCCACCCUCGGGCGACGUGGGGGGGGGCUUUUUUGAAUGACAAUGGGGGAGGCCCUAUUGUCCUCCUCCCAGCCCACACCCAUGGUCAACGGGUGGUGGCUAAAUAUAAAAAUAUGCCCCAAGGUGACCAAGGGUUCCCAAGCCCCUAGUCACUCACCCACGAAAAAAAAUUAGUGAGGGGGAGACAAAAAACCCAAAUACCUGUAAUUAAAUUUAAAAAAUACUUACCAUUUGAUAUAAAAUAAAAAACCCGAACGCAAAUUUUUUUUUUUAUUGUCUCCCUCCUCAUUAUUUUUAGGCUGAGGGGGAUAGCUAGGGCUUUAUUACAUUUUUUUGGGGUGGGGGGUGACUAGGGGUUUGGAGACUCCUAGUCACCUGGAGGGGGGGGGAUUUUUACAUUUAGCCCCCACCUGUCGCCCAUGGGUGGGAGCCUGGGGGGGGACAAUAGGCCCCUCAUUGUCGGUCUUUUAGGGCCCCCACCCACUGCUCAUGGGGGGGGCGGGGAGUACAGUAGGAUCCCCCCAGUUUCAUUUAGGGCCCCCACCUGCCGUUCAUAGGUGUGGUACAGGGGGAGGACAAUAGGUCCCCCCCACCUGCUGCUCAUGGGUAGGGGCCGGGGAGGACAAUAGGUUCCCCCAUUGUCUUUUAGGGCCCCACUCGCUGCUCAUGGGUGAGGGACUGGGGGGACAAUGUUCCCCCCAUUGUUUUUUAGGGCCCCCAAGUGCCGCUCAUGGGUGGGGGCCGGGGGGAGGACAAUAUGUCCCCCCAUGUUCAUUUAGGGUCCCCACUCGCCACUCAUGGAUGGGAGCCGGGGAGAUGACAAUAGGUUCCCCCCCCAUUGUCUUUUAGGGCCCCCACCUGCCACUCAUGGGUGGGGGCCAAGGAGGAUCCUAUGUCCCCUGUUUAGUUGAAUAGCCCCCCACUUGCCCCUACUAGUUGAAUAGCCCCCACACUAUGUCCCCUCCACUAGUUAAUAGAUGCCCCACCAUGGGGGUGCUUUUUUUAUUUUUUUUAUAGGCUGCUCACUGUUUAGUAAACAUGCCCCUACUCACGGCAUAAUGAGCAGGGGCAGAUUCAUUACUAAUACUAGUAAUUUUUACUUAGUAUUAGUAAAGUUUGCUGAAAGACUAAUCUUGGUCUUUUAGCCUUUUAGUAGAUAGCUUUCUAAUUCCCACAGUUUUAGGGAGCAAUCUACUAAGCGGCUCUAAGAUACAGCCGCAGCAUGGAUCGGAUCAGAAUUUCAUUCAUUCAAAUGAAAUUUCAAACUGACCUAAAAGUACCGAAUGUCGCCCUAACAUGAAUGAGCAAACUGUUCUCAUUCUGUUAGGAUGAAAUUCGGUAGUUUUGCCAGCGUUUUGUCUAAAUGGCAGGACGUUUGGGAAUAGUGAAAGAGGCAUUGCGAGAUCACGGAGGAAAGGGUGAGUAUUGUGGGAAAAUUUCUCUAGCCCACAGGAAGUGGGUCAGAGCGGGUCAAGCGUAGGAAAAAUACAUAAGACAAAGUAGUCCAAGGAUGAUUGGACUCUUGUCAUCUUCUGUACAGACUAUUUUCCAGGGCUGCUCCUUUACAGGAUGAUGCAAAGAAAAAUGCUGAUGGAUCCCACCUUCAUCAUUUCACUUUGUACAGCCAGUUCCCUCAACUCACAAAAAAUUGGAAUGGCUGGGUGAUAAAUAAAUAUUCAUCCUGAUGCCAGCUCUCAUGGUUAGGGUGAUACCAGUUGCUCCCACACUUUUUGUAGUUUGAUUGAUCACGCUGUUCCAUUCUUACGGUUGUUUAAUGUUUUUUCAGGACCUGUUUGCCUUUCUUCUUUGGCUCCAAUAUCUUUGGUAUCCUCUACCUGUUGGCCAUCAUCAAAGAAAGAGCUAUUAGGAGAAGCCUUCUGUUAGUUUUAGACAUGUCUCUUUCUUUUUUUCUGACUGAUUGCUUUUGUUUUCUUUUUCCUUUUAACUCUUUGCUUGCUGCUGAGAGGUUUCACUAAAGAAAAGUAAAUUAGAUAUUUGUUUCCUGUCUUUAUUAAUAUUUAAACUCUACUUUCAUCUACACAUUAUAUAUUUUGUACUAUUUUAUAAUAAAUUUAUAGUUUUAAUUUUUACUCUGCUCCCUCAUAUAUCUUCUGUUCCUGGUGCACCUUGGACCCUUCCCAAAUCCUCAGGUGGGGAUUAUACCACCUCAAGCUUUCAUCACCAGAGCAAGUUCAUUGCUCUGGAAAUUGUAAGUAAGAUACUUACCUUCUCUAUUCAUUAUUCACCAGAUAUACUGCACUAUUGGAUUUUAUCUAUGUUUUCUGUUUUAUGUACUAUUGUGGAGACUUAGAAGCGACGCCUCAUCAUUGAUCUCAUAUCCUAAGACUGGGAUUAUACCGUCAAGGCGCUAUACAGUAGAGCUCUUAGUAGCUCUGGAAAGUGUGAGUUAGUCCUUCUACCAGUUUUCCGUAUACUUCAUAUGAGAAUAUAUUAUCUUAUUUGACAUACUGCACUAUUAUUGUCCAUAUUUUGUCUUUUCUCUAUAAGGUUGACAUCCAAUCAUUAUAUUGUUGAACAAUUUUGUAUGUAUAUACUUUUUAUAUUUUAUUGGCGCGGUAUUCCACUUCUGUUUCUUGCACUUUUCUGAUUAUUAGCAGGUAUUGGGAAUCCCUGCUGGUUUGCUGCUGCCGCAUUUGUAGUCACUAUAGAGAGCACCUAUAUCUGUUCCUUUUUUAUUUACCUUCAUCUAGGCUAAGCUAAUUUCAAAUUAAAGUCAACUCUGUCCUUUGCACUUGGCAGUCAGCAUAGUGCUGCUCACAGUGAAGUUAAUAAGACAAGUUUGUUCCAUUGCGUACCAUCCAUAUCACUGAUGCACAUAUAUCCUUCUUCUCACAGGUUUAUUCACUAAAUUGAGAAUUCAUGGUGAAUUCAAAGUGAGUUUCAACUUUAGGGUCAAAAAUUGAAAAAUUCUCUGUCAGCUAUGCUUUUUGUUCAGCUACCCUGGCCUUAUAUUUGUUAUUCACUUAGAAUUCACCUUGAAUUCUCACUUUAGUUAAUGACCCUGUCAGUCUCAUUUAUGUUGGCGUGGCUGCCCAUUAUCUCUAAAGAACAACAGACUGAGAGGAUGGAACAGAUAGGCCUGUCAAAUAAAUUAAUCUGAUUCAAUUGGCUUAAUGUUAUUGAACCCAUUCUUAUAUUUUUCUCAAAAAUCAGACCAUCCUAUUUGGUAAUGGUUGGUAGAGAAUAGGAAAAGAAAAAAGUAAACUAGAAAAGGAAAGGAAGAGAAAUGAGGAGACAAUGGGAAAGGAAGGAGAAAAUGAGAAAAAAAACGGAAGGGAGAGAGAAAAAUGAAAAGAAAGGAAAAUGAAGAGGGAAAAAAUACCUUUACUAGGAAACUUACUUAAGAUAAUGGAGCAUCUCGUGAAAAAGGUUAAAACAUGUUAUAAGUAAAAUUUUUAUGUUUUAUUCAAUGGUGGCAAUUCCAGAGUAGGGAUAGUUCUCUAAAAAUUGUCUGAAAAUAAUAUGAUCUAUGUCACAGUGAUAUUUUCUUUCUAUUGAAUUAAAGGUCAAACAUUGGAGUGAAGAUCUGCACAAAUGUUGAAAAAGUUGCUGUUUUUAAAUGUCGAAGUAAGUUUGCCAAUUAUCUUUUAUUAUUAAUAGACUACAUAUAAAGCUAAAAACACUGGUUUUCUCACAUGAUCUCACAGCCAAUACAUCAUGUCAUGUCAAAAUAAAUCAUAGCAGAUGGCUCAAUGAUUGCAUACUAUGUGCAUAAAUUAUGUUAUUACUGAGGAUUCUGUAUAAUGAUAUUUGCUGAGAUAAACAGAGAGAUCAAGCUACAGAUAAAUUAGAUAAAUAGUGAACUAAAAACUAUAUGUGCAAUUGGCACAAAAUAUUUUGCUUACACGUUUGAUAAUGUCUGCAUGAUGUACAGUAAUUAAAAAAUAAGACGUAUAUAUUACUAUUUCAUAGUAGUUUAUGCAUAUAAAUUGUCACUAUGAGAAAAAAGAUGCUCCUACGCCCAAAAUCAUGAAAGAAAAGAGUAAAAGUAAUGAAAUUCCAGCAAACUCUAGACUGCAAAAAGGUAGGCAUCAGGAAUGUGCAUGGGAAAAAAAAUAUGGUUUGGUUCAGCACUUCCGAAAUUCAUGACUUCGGCAAUUUAGCACUUCUGAAAUUGGGGAUUUCUGCAAUUCGACGGUUCAGCACUUCUGAAAUUCGGGACUUUGGCAAUUUGGGACUUCGGGACUUCAGCAAUUCCCUAACCCUACCCCUAACCCUCCUCUAUCCCUAACCCUACCCCUAAAGGGUUAGGAGUAUGGCUAGGGUUAGGGUUACAUUCCUGUCACCAUUCCCUUAAUUUUCCCUCUCUCUCCUGUUUUGCCACUUUUCAGAAAUCCGAAGCACUUUGGCACUUCGGCAAUUCAGCACUUCGGCAAUUCAGCAAUUCAGUUCGGUUCGGCACUCACGAAAUUCGGACCGGAACGAAUUGCACAUGUCUAGUAGGCAUUAAUGCUUUUCAGCAUCUUUUGGCAUGCUGCAGUUACCAACAUAAUUCUCUCCUUCUCCUCUUGCUCAGAUGCCAAUUGAUGUACUGAGGUGAAUAUGAAACAUUGAGGUUUAUGGAGUUAUUGUCCUGUAAAACACACUUCAGCUUUACAUCACACUCUAACUCUUUUUAAAAAACAAAACAAAAUCAGUGAUAAAAGAAACAUGCUCCCGACUUCUUAUUCCCAAUGAAAAGUAUAUACAUUCCCAUAAUACACAGUGCACUUUUACAUAUUUCAUCUCCUAAAUGGCAAAAGAAACUCAUUCUUCCAAUGACAUGCUGCCUAGGUCAAGCAUUUUGUCUUGGAUGUAGACUUAGCAUUAUAUACUUGCCACCAAAUAUUGUAAAUGUUUUUCCAAAUAACCCCUACAGCUGUAGGGGUUAUAGUGCCAGGCGUGCCCUUGUGCCUUUCCACUAUAAGGAGUCAAACCAUCUAGUAAUGGUUUGACUGAUUACCAGGGAUUCACAGGAUACCGUUUUCCACCUACACUACUUCUGACAGAGUUGCACCCUGCAGCAUAGGACCAGCUGUAUUUAAUGUUCGCACAUCACUUAUAACUCAGAUCAUCAGCUGCACUUCAGUGGUUAUGGUGCUUGGAAGGUCCCUUUAAGUGCUGUACUCAUGUUGGAUUUUCUCAUUGAAAGUUAGCUGCAAAAUAACAAAUUUAUUCUCCACUUGUAAAUUUAUUUCCUGUGCCUAAUAUAUGUGAGUUAAAAUGAAAAUCAUAAAAUAUCUAAGCGAAAAAGUCAAACUGUAUUUUGUACCUGGUAUUUCUUUGUGUUCGUGUUCCAGGAAACAGUGCACUUCAAGUAAAGUCAAAAUGUAGAAUUGGGAUGUCUCCACCAGUUCCAGGUGGCUAUUUCUUGAAAAAUGUUUGGCACUCUUUAUUUUGCAACCUUUCUUCGUAUGAACCAUUGUCUCAAAUCAACGAGUGUUUGUCUGGUAAAAUGAUUUACCUCAUGGGAGAUUCAACUAUCCUACAAUGGAUGCGAUAUUUUCCAAAACUUAUGAAAAGUAAGUGUCUAUGAUAGCAUUGUUUUUAAUCCAUGUAUGUAUGUUUUUUAUAAAGCAAAAACAACAACAAAGGGUGUUUUUUAAAUACUAGUAAGAUGUUUCUAGGAAAGGGAAGAAUGGAGUAGAAAUAUAAAAAAUAGACCACUACAUAAAACUUAACUUUAUUCAAUAAAGAGCUAAAAAGGUAAUUUCACCUUAAACACUCAAUUCUGUUGAGAAAGUGAUUCAUUUUCUUCAUCAAACUCAUAGAUCUCAGUAAAUAAAAUAUGUUUAAAUACAAAAUCAGGUUGCGCCAAUUAUAAAGUCCAAAAGAUCCAAAAAGGUUAAGAAAAGUCCAAACAAUUCUUGUGGGAUUCCUGGCUGGUAACCGUCAAGGCUUUAGAUAUUAGUAGGAAUAUGCAGAUAAAAUAAAAACAACUAAUAAUCAUGCUGGUUGUCAAAUGCUAUGUGCAGGACAACAACAAAAAUAAGUGGACUAACACUCACAAUCAAUAGAGCUAUAGACCAACUCUGAGUAAAAAGGUAGCUCAUGUGGGUUAGUCAUUUAGCCUCUGAAACGGAUAUUAAUUUACCCGGAGAUAUGUUCAGGUGGAAACCAAAUUGACACUUGUAUUUCGAGCUGCUCGGAGAAAGUAAUCAGAUCAGAUAUUUUUUGAUUCAAAGAUUACUUCCCUAUUUUAUUGUGUAAGCUUACAGAUUAUAUACUCCUUUGUAAAGACAGCUUUGUGACUUGCGCGCCAAAAACUGGAUGGGUGAAGUCACACUAUACCAUAAAAGGAAAUUACAGAACUAAGCAUAUUUCAAUGGUGUUAUAUAUAUAUAUAUAUAUAUAUAUAUUCAGUGGUUUCUGAGGAGACGAUUGCAGCUUUACCCUCAACUCCCCCUCUGAUGUCCUAAUAUAUAUAUAUAUCUUAGGACAUCAGAGGGGGAGUUGAGGGUAAAGCUGCAAUCGUCUCCUCCGAAACCACUGAAUGUCACAAGUCAUGAUUUUAUGCUUACAUGUGCUUAUUUGUCAGACAGUUGAAACUAGACUAAAAGUUAAAAAGCAUAACAUGAAAGUAAAAACCGACUGGACAUCCGGUCAUCUUAGUAGCAUGAGCCUGGGGUCAAGGUACCUAUCAUUAUAAUUCCAUUACAAUUUCCCUCUUUUUGACCCUACGGCUCACACAGGUGACUGAGGUAUGUCCAGGUAUGCUAGUCAAAACCUGUGGGUCUUUAUUAAUGCCUUCACCACGAUUCCCUCAGACAGGGCAAACCAGGAGUCACAGGAGGCAUGUCAUUCAUCAGUUAUACAGCUCUGUAGGUGUCAGAGGUUGAGGAAGCUGGCAUAUAAGUUAAGGUAUGACCAGCAUUAGGUUUUGAUUUACACAAGGAUUAUAGAAGACAGGAGAAGAAAAAUCAUCAUUAUGACAAAUACUGCGAUAAGUAAGAAAUACAAUAUUUUCUUAAUUAACAUACUAAGCCAUGUACCAAGACCAAAGGUCCAAUCCCAAUCCCCAAAGAACUCUGUAUCUUGUUUUAUUUCCUUCACUAGGUUGUGAAGAAUCUGUAUAUGUUCUGUAUAUGACGUCUGUCCGACAGGAAAGUUCAUAGCUCUGUCUAGGGGUAUUUUCACUAAGCAUUGUAUAUAGACAAAAUAUAUUAUUUCUAAUAGCUUACAUGCUCAAAGUUAGCCAAUUUUAAACAGACUGAACAUCCAGUCAUCUGUAGCUGGAGCCUUGGGUCAGUAUAGGCAAAGUGUAUUAUUCCCAACAGUUUACCUCCUUCGUGAACGCAUAUAGACAAAGUGGGAAUAAUACCCAUCCCUCGUCCGUGGACCAGGGUCUAGGAUUACCAGUCCACCCGGUGAUCUGGGGCCAGGUCAAAAAACCCAGUGAAAAAAACUCGUAUUUGAGGAAAAGGCACUUCUGGGGAAACCCUGAAUGGGGGCCACAACCGUAUAGACCUGUCAUCCCUCACGUUGAUACCACCUGUGACUUGGGUAUUGGGAGGAAACACUUCUUGAUAAUGGUGGGAAAAGCCCAUUUGCAUACAAUCAUUAAGUAUAUUAUCAUCAAACUCACAAUUAUUACAGUAAUUGCAACCAGGACCUUAUGUCCUAUAUCUCCUAACCAUUUCCCUAUUCCAAAGGUCCAGUCAAACCAAGUCACAUCCACACCCAGUUCCUCACAACAUGGGAAUCCAUCCUUGGCACACUCAACAUACAUCAACAACACAUACUACAUCCUUCCCUGGGCCAGCUAACACCACCUCCCUCUCUGGCUAACUCAAAAAAAAAAAAAUAACAAAAUAGUUCAAUAGUUGAGCAAUUGGGCAGACUAGAUGGGCAGAAUGGUUCUUAUCUGCAGUCACAUUCUAUGUUUCUAUGUUUCUAGUUCAGAAAAAAUAGAAUAAGUCCAUCAAGGAGUAUAAAUGUGGACACCAUACAUUUUGUUCCAUAAAAUAGCUAAGGGUAGCAAUAUGGCUGACAACAAGACAAUGUCAGCUUCCACAUAGUUCUUAGUUCUUAAUAUUUCUUUUGUUUGCUGGAUAUUCACCACAAUGCUCUGUGCAACACCCCAAUUGUUGAAAGGGUUAAUACAGAACCAGGUGCAUUAGACAGCACUGCACCUUCAGGACUUUCCAGGUUCUUGCGUACAAAGGUUAUGUCCUCAUAAGUAAGCAUCUCAGUUUCUUCGGCCUGCAUGGAUUUUGACCAAGCAGAUGUAAUUGCAAAAUAGGUAGUGUAAAUUCAGCCAGACAGAGAGAUUGGUGCACAAUCCCAAGAAUCAGAUGGCACAAACACUCAAGGAUGGUCUCUACAAUUAUACAAACACAAGGAUCAAUAUGACAUGAACAAUUCUAAAAGGAUAUAUCUAUUAUUAUCAAUUUAUCAAUUACCUAGGCUAAAUUAGAGACUAAAAUUAAAUCCUUAACUGGUGUAAAUCUCUCAGCUUUGCUUAUAUUUCAUGAAAUUUGUCUUCCAUAAAAUUUUUCAUAAUGCCCUUUGGAAAGCCUUUGUACAGACGAGAGAAACACUCACUCUAAAUACUUGAUUAGACAGGAUGGGUACUAAAACACUUUCUCGAGCAAGUGACUGAUGAAAUCUAUAUACAUAAUCUUAACAUACACAUAUGGGAAUAAUUCCCAAUAAAACUCUGUUCCUAAACUUAAACCUUGAUUUGAUCAUCUCAAUUAAAUUCUCUUGGAUUAACACCCAAAACUAUAUAUAAAAUAUUAAAAACAUGAACCAUCUAAUUCAGACUUACUCAAAGAGUAUUAAUAUCUUACUAUAAAAUCCUAACUUAUGGUCUUUGUUCCCCAUAAUGAAUAAUGCUAGGGUGAGAUGUGGUUGGGCAUAGCUCAAACUGAGUAUCACAAAUCUCUAACCACAAAAGCUUAAUUUUAUAAGUUUAUCAAAAAACUAGUUUAACCUAUUAGUGCGUUCUUUGGGUGGCUUCUUUCCAUAAUUUGGCUCCUUGUGAAAUUAUAUCAUUUAUUCUCUUCUGGGUCUGCAAAAUGCUUUCAAUUUACCAAUACAAAUAUAAUACAGUAGUUUAGUAGAUUAGAAUUGCCUCACUUAUAAAUGUCAGAAAUUGCCUCAUAUCUAUUAUAAAUACAAUUUCAUCAUUACCCUAUGAUCAAUGAGGCAUACUAGAUGAAUCUUACUUUGGGAAUAAAACUUUCCUAUACAUGCCCCAACAGAUUGGAGUUUCUGCCUAGUCAAAAAAGGCAGAAUGAUCAAUAUGGAUAACAUGAUUUUCUUUGACACAAAUAAUUCAACACACUUUAAAAGUAGAGUUAACUCAGAGCUGGACAAUACUCCCCUAAUACUAGUCCUUUAUAAUGUCUUUUCAGAGAAAGAAUCACAUUCAGGAUUAGUCCAUUUGCAAAGGGAAACGCGGAUCCACGAUUUGAAUAGCAGAAGUUUGUGGGGCCACUUUAAUGUGAGAUGUAAAAAGCGUUUUUCUCAGUCUCAUAUUAUUAAAUAAUGUCCAGGAAUGAUAGCAUGCAGUGGAUUUAUUCUUUUCGGCUUUAUAGCAUUACCUGUCGUAAAAACACUAAAUGCUUUCGUUAAUGACAUGCAAAUAUUCUUAACUUUACUAUUUAAGCUCAUAAACAAUAGACCUUAACACAUAACACACCAAUUCAUUACAACCCAUAGAACUCAAACUCAGCAAUCGUUGUAAUAUCAAACAUGUUGUCAUCUGACAAAACAGAACACAACAGACGUAGUUGAUACACAUAAUAGAUACCCAGCAAAUAUGGACACGCAACUAAACCAUAACCAAUUCAAAAUAAGUUAAUACAUUUCCCACUCUGUGUCCCUCAGAAGAAACUCAGUUAGACAUAAUGUUUCCUAUGCUCGUGAUAAAUUACAAAUGCAGUCUCAAACUAACACGUCCAAUUAAAUAUGCAACACCCUUCUCAUACCUAUGUAUAAUAAGCUUUUAAAAAAAUAAUGAAAAUUUCUGCAAACUGUUUGUUUGACUUCUACGGAAGCAACAAUGACAACCAGCAUUGAAGAUAGAGCACAAAACUUGGCAAAUGAACAGGGAAGUUGAAUAAAACAGCAAGUCAACUAUUGCAACAGCAAUACAGCAACAGCGUUGGAGUCAAGAUACCUAUCAUUAUAAUUCCAUUACACCUCCAUAUGAAUAUAAAGGGUAAAAUGAAAAAGUAACACAAUAGUGCUCAUUGUGAUAAAAUCAGAUACAGAUAAAAACAGUAGUUUACUCACAUUUGAUAAAGCAGUAACACUGCUCUGAGGACUGUGCUUGGGUGGUAUGAUCCCCACCAGUGAUAAAAUGUAGAGUGAAUUCUCUAGAGCAGGCUCCCCCAAACUCCGGCCCUCCAGAUGUUGCUGAACUACAACUCCCAUGACUCUCAGCCUGUCUAUUUCAUUCAUAGAUUCAUGGGAGUUGUAGUUCAACAACAUCUGGAAGGGUUUGGGGCAGCCUGCUGUAGAGGGUAUUCCUCGGCAGGCAUUAUGUGUAGAGUAGAGUAAAACCUUAUAGAUGUGCCAGGAACAUAAAAUAAUUAAAAAUAAUAAAAUAUAAAAGCAUAAAAAGUGUAAUAACUGGUCUAACAGGUGAAAGCCAAAUAUACAUGAAUGCUAAAAACAGAUUAAAAGAACACAACGCGUUCCACCAAACAGGGGGGCUUUUUCAAGUGUAAACAACAUGAGCCUGGCAUAAAGGGGCUUAACAAUUCAAAAAUGAGCAUCAUCUGUGGCCGUUGAUCUCUAUUGGGGUUACAUGACAUAGGGCAGAGGUUAAAACAAAUAUAUCCUUAAUAGCAAGUUAAUAAUGAAAGCAUAAGAAAUACAAAGUGACAAAGCAAUAAUAACCUCUUUCUAUAGUGAGUUUGAUCUAAAAUUAGAUAACCUAGCCUCUGACAAAUCAGAGAUUUUGGGGUAAAAAAUUUAUUUUUAAAACUUUUUAUAAGCAUGAUUUCCAGAUGGCUGUAGAAGAUGAGCCACUGGAAAUUCUAUUUUUAGGGAAAACCAAGAGGUUGUUUUUUUUUUUUUUUUUUUUUUAAUGAGCCUUGAUCAUAAAAAUAUGAUAUAUUUUCACUUUCUCAUUAUUUACCAUUAAGUCUAUCUUAGUGGUGCCUGGUAGGUAUUUGUUUUAGCACAAGUUACAAAAAACACGCACAGCAGUCUAUCUAACAAUAUAACAUAUAUUAAUGUAUUGAUAAACCAAAGUACAGUUAAUAAUCUGUGCCUUUCACAUAUCUACCCAAGGGUUCUCUGCCCAACUCAUAACCCGAACUACCCAUUUGUCCUAUAAUAAAGGUAUUCUCCAAAGCUCCACCAAGGACAUCACUAACCUCCAUAUCCCAGGAGAAAUAUCCUAUAUGCCCAACUUUUAUGGAGGUAGAGGCACCCUGUAUAAACAAAAAUAAAGUAUGGAGAAAAUCCUAUCAUGGAUAGCCAGGGAAAAAGAGGGUAAAUCCAUAUAAGACCAACAAUACCAAUGCUUAACAUACACCCACAAAUCACAUACAUUCUUCCGAGGGUCCAUGGGGGCGAGGGCUGAUGAGGAGAAAUAACUAUAAAGGAUUUUGUCCAAGGGUCAGACAGUAGUCGUCCCAAAGCGCCAAAGUGUCCGUCCUCUCUUUCUAAAGUUCUGUUUCUCUGCAUCACCCUUUCCACAUCUGACCAUUUUGCAGCCUUCCUGCUUUCCAAUCUACAAUCCAUUUCGCUAUUGAUAAAAUAUGAAGCAGAAGGGAUUUUAGUUCUUUUGUAUGAUGACUAGGUAUAAAGUGAAACAGAACCAGUUCUGGGUUAGAUUAAUUUUUCACCGAUACCCGGAGAUAUCCCAUAUUUUUAACUCCUUCCAAAACAUUUGUAUGUGGGUACAAGACGACCUUAUGUGCCGUGAGCCUACCAUUACAGCCUCUUCAACAAAAUUAAAAUGUCAUCUUUCUUUAUCUUCUAAAGUUUAACUGGCGUAAUAUACCAUCUGUUUACAAUUUAAAAAUUUUAAAAUACAACUCCCUACAUGUUUGAUUAAUUUAUCCGUUAAAACUGGCACCAAACCACAUUUCCAUAGGCAAAGAUUGAUUUAAUUCUUCUUCCCAAAUUCUCAUAUUUAGACACUUAAUAUUCAUGCCUCUAUCUCUCAAAACAUUCAAAACAUUUUGAAAGUUAUGCUUCCUGUUUGAUGAACGUAUUAUUUUUUUUCACAAGGUGUCAACUGUCUAAACUCUUUAGACGGUACCUUAUCUAAUAGAUACUAGAUCUCAACCUAUUAUAUUCCAUCCACAUAUUAGCUGGAAUAUUAAAGUUGGACUGAAUAUAAUCAAAUGGGAGGAAUUCAUUAUUUACAUAUAAGUUCUUAAAUAUUUACAUCCCCUUUUGAUAAAAUCUCUAGCAAAGGAGAUUGAUCUUUCUUGAAUCCAUGAGAUCGGAAAAUCGGUUUGGAAUGGAAUCAAGGAAUAUUUGCAGUUCAAACAACUUUUAAGAGUAUACCAAAAUGUCGAAGCUUUUACUAUGCACUAGACUACUGGAUAAAUCAUCUCAAAAAAUUAUUUAAUUCAGGUGCUCUUUUAAACAAAAAGCUUCUAUCGUGCCCAGUUAUUAUUUUCAAUUCUUCUUCCCAUCUCAACAUAUGCACCAAAAGGGAGGCUUCCUGAUAUUUCUUAAUGUCUGAUAUGCAUUCUCCACCAGAAAUUGUAUUAACCAAAAAUUGGUAUCUUAAUACGCAUUCUUUUAUUCUGAUGGAUAAAUACAUCAGUUACCCGCUGUAUAUUAUUCAGCAAAUAGAUCGGACACUGGCAGGGUAUGCAGCGAUAAUAUAAGUGAUCUUAAGUAAUAUGGUCAUCUUGACGCUGCUAUCCUACCUGACCAGGAAAUAUUAAGAUUUUUCCAUGUGGCUAGCACUUGCAUUACAUUAGAAUAAACCAAUUGGAACUUUAACUGUAAUAGUUUUUUUUAAUUCAGCAAACCGCUUAAUUCCCAAAUGGGUCACUGGAAAUUUACAGUUAAACUGAAAUAGUUGGCUUAAGAAUUUUUCCGAUUCAUAUUGAAGCGGAUUGCUUCCAGAUUUUUUACAUUUCAUUUAUAAUUGAUAUUACACUAUAUUCAUUUAUAAUCCCUUAAAGGGCUAUUAGGGAUUUUUCCUGAUUUUCUAUUGUUAUUACAUCCUCCGCAUAGAGGGCUAUUACAUGGGAUUUUCGGCCUACGCAAUAGCUUUUAUAUCUACUGAUUCCCUAUAGUAGACCCCAAAGGCUCAAUGAUCAAGGCAAAAAUCAAUGGACAACCUCCUAGUACCAUUUGAGAUAACAAACCUUCCAGAUCUAAAGUUUUGACUAAUAACACUCGCAAUCGGGAUGUAUAUAAGGCAGCUAAUCGCUUUAGAGGCAAAAUCACUAGUUAUAUUUUGACAGGGUGAGGAAAUAAAAGUCCCAACACCCUGUCAAAUGCUUUCUCAGCAUCAAGUCCCACAAAAAUUUUUGAUCACUGAGGUUAUAUUUAAGAGUUUCCUGAUAUUGUCGGAACCCAAUCUCCCCUGGAUAAAACCAGUUUGGUCAGGAUUGAUCGGGUUGUGGAUAUAUUGAUGGAGUCUUUCUGCUAAAAUUUUGGCAUAGAUCUUAAUAUCCACAUUAAGUAAGGAUAUAGUUCUGAAAUCCCUACAUUCGGGGGUUAAAUUAUUUGUUUUACGAAUUAUUUGAGCCUCCAACAAUUCUGGAUGAGCUCUGUCUGCCUUCUUGAUUUCGUUUAAUGUUUGACACAAAUAACAAGAGAUCUUCUCGUGGAAAAGUGAGUAAUAUUGAUUAAUAAGACCAUCGGGUCCCGGAGCUGAGUCACAUUUCAACUUUGAAAUUGCCCAUUUAACUUCCUGUUCCGUAAUAUCCUCAUUUAACUUUGCCGACUGUUUUGAGAAACACUAGGAAAAUGGAUUUUAUCUAAAAAUUCUGCAAUUCUCCUUUUUUCUUCUCACUACCAUCUAUAUUAGUAGAAUUCAAGUUAUAAAGAUCAUGGUAGUAUCUCUCAAAACAUGCGGCAAUCUCAUCAGGUUUAACAAACAGAUCUUUAUUAUAUGAUAGCUUAUUUAUUCUGCCAUUGAUUUUUGUUUCAACCUACUAACCAUCAAUUUCCCUGCUCUAUUUUGACCAUGAUAUGAUCUUUGUUGUGCAGCCAACAGCGAUUUAUCUGCCAAUAAUUGAUGUAUUCUUUCUAUUUGUAAUUCUCGAAUUUUAUUAAACUUUAGAUCAGGUGGGGAUUUUUUAUUUUCUCUGUCCAUUAAAACCAGUUCUAGAUGUAAAUCCCUUAGUGAUUUUCCUCUCUGCUUCUUUAAAAUCAAAUUUUAUCAUUAUCCCUCUUAUGUAGGCCUUAUAGGGGAGCCAUACUAUUACUUUAGAGUUUACGGUACCGUCAUUCCUUAAGAAGAAUGCGGCCGUUUCAUUUUUUAGAUUUUUAAGUAUUUCAGGGUCUUUUAAUAGUUCCAUGUCUAUUCUCCAUGGUCUCUAGUUCUUAACAGGAGGGUCUGUACCUAAACUUACUCCAGCCAAGCCAUGAUCAGACCACGUAAUCACCCCAAUUUCUGAGUGUUUAAUUUUAGAAAUAGCCUACCUGUCCAUGAAGAUAUAAUCCAAUCUACUAUACAUUUUAUGUCUAUGUGAAAAAAAUUAAUAGUCCCUCUCAGAAGGGUGCAACGUUCUCCAUGUAUCAUAAAGAUUUAAGCAAUAAUUUAAGCAAUAAAAUAAACUUUUUAGAGUUUUGGACUAGCUGAGGAUCCGAUUUUAUCUCUCCUAUAUAGUCUCUAUCUGCAGAUGGAUCCAAAGGUAAGUUAAAUCGCCACAGAUCACUAAAAUCCCCAUGAAUAAUUAUUUCAUUACUUUCAAUGUCUGGCUAAUAAAUUAGAUUUGCCCUUUAUUAGGGACAUACAUAAUUAAAAUUGUAAAUUUCUGAGAAUUAAUCAGAACUGCCCAUAGUAAAUACCUUCCUUUUCCAUCCUUUGACAAUGUCCUCCUUUAUAAUUUAAGGUUUUAUUAAAUAUUAUUGAAACCCUUCUCAACUUACCUUUCGAGUAGAGGUUGGAAUAAUAUCUAUUACCAAAAAAGGGAACCUUAUUAGUCUGCAAGUGAGUUUCUUGAAUACAUUUAACAUCCGGUUUACCCCUAAACAGAUUUUUAAAUGCUAUACUAAUAAUCCUGAGAGUCAUAGCAAACCAAACCCACCACGACUCUGAGGACCAACUAACCCACCUCCAUCAGCACCUUCUUCCCCAUGCCUCGGAACCUCCCGAAAAACACAACAUACACAUUCAAACAAAAAAUUUAAAAAAAUGAUGUGAUACAAUCAUCUUCUUGGAGGAUCUACCUACUUAGAGAAAUCCCAUUCUCAGUCUACCACCUCUAGAAGUGGCAGAUAAAUCUAAGUUUCGUCGAACUACCUCAGGUUGAGACCUUUGCGGAGGUCUCCAAUCAGACUUGCCAAUACUCUAUAUGUUCAUCUUUAACCGCAGCCUUCUUAUCAAUAUCCCACAGUAACACAAGUGAAAUUCAUCUAACAGGGCUAGUAGGACAAGCACUACAGAGGGACCUAAGGGGCCAAGAUCAGACUUCAAAGGCAAGAGGAAGAGGAGAGAGUAAGACGUCCCUUUAUACAAAACCCAAGAUUUUAAAACCACUAUCUUAACCUAUCCUCUAAUCACCCCUCCUCAUUUCCUCUAUGCAUACAGAAGGUCAUAUAAACACUCUUAUGAACAAUAUCACUAGUUUAAACAAGACACAUUAGGAUAGGACAGGGAACAAAUCAAAAAAUGGCUAUCAUUCCUGGGGCGUUGUCCACUAUGCUGGACAAACCAUUAAAAGUGCCAAAAUAUGCAAAUUUACAGAUACCAAUCCAAAUAAUUUCUAUACCACACUAUCUUCUAUAUAAUCUCCUUUGAAUUGUGAUAAACAUUAAUCGAUGAAUCCAUCCUAUAUUGUGUAAUUUCACAGUGUAAAAAAUAAAUAAAUAAUGUUCUCUCUAAUGUAAUACAUGUCUUUCCAAUUAAACCCACAAGGGCCCUUUUGGGGCCAUUUUAUAAAACCUAAAUUGAACCUUAGUGAAAUCUUUAACAUGUCCGCCGGUACUGGAUCUGCAUUCAAAUAGCUUACUUCUAUCCAAAAACCAAGCUACUCAAAACCCAUAUCACUUGACCCAGCGAAGCUAACUCAUUUUGUGCUAUUUUUCAAUAUAUUGUGACCUAUUCAAUUAUCAUUAUUCUAAAAAGUGCUCAUAAAGUUUUUACCCAUAAACUUCCUUUAACACCCCGAACAUAACUCUAUAAACAUUGCCAAACCUUAAUUUUAUCCCCUCUCCCAAUUGUCUCAAAAAAAAAGUAUCUUAAGCAAUCCCCGACAGGGUUAUAUCUUAAAGAAACUUUUCCCCCUCAUGUAGAGAGUUGAUUAUUUUAAACUCCAUACCCAUUUUAAUGAUUAAUUUAGUUGGAAAGCCCCAUUUAUAGAAAACAUUUUUAUCUCUUAAGACUUUUGUUAUCGUUCUAAAUUCUUUACGUUCCACCUCUCCUGAUAUAUCGGGAAAAAUUUUCAAUUGAUCAUUAGGAGCAUUCAAAUUUUUACAUUCAAAGACUUUCUGUAAUAUUUUUUGUUUCACAGUGAAAAAAUGUAAUUUCACUAUCACAUCCUGCGGUAAAUCCCUUGAAAUAUUACGUGAUAGAGGGAGUCAAUGAACUCUAUCUAACAUCUGGCCCUCUCCAAAUCUAAAUUAGCAAAAAAGUUCAAAAAUGUUAUGACAUAGUUUGGAAGAUCUGCCUAUCCCACUGCUUCAGGUAUCCCUCUUAUGCGAAUAUUAUUUUGUCUGGAGAAGCUCUCCAGUCUGCUAUAUUUCUGUUUCAAACUUGAAAGCUCCUCUCUUAAUUUCUGUAUUUCCAAAUUAGAAUGAUUCUGUGAUUCUAUCAGAUGUGCUUGUUGGAUGCCCAGGUCUGUUACUUUCUUUGAAAGGACAUUUGUAUCUUUGGAGUUUUUGGCAAUCUCCCUAGAAAUUUCCUGCACCAUAGAGCUCUUUAGGUCUUUCAGUAAAUCUAUCAUUACUACCUUCAUGGUAGCUAUCGGGAGUUCUUCUCUAUGACUAUCUACCUCUGCUGGCUCCUCUACUAAGGAUGACUCAGCUGAUGUCAAUAAAUUAUCCGAGUGUUCUAAUUCUUUUUGCGUCCCUGUUGUAAAUGCUGACUCCUCAGAGCUUUUACCUUUUUUAAUUGCGCUAAAGAGAUUACUUGUCGAGUUUCCAUUAACUUUUUCCUUUUCUUUGCCCUUACCUUUACCCUUUCUACUUUGGUUGUACUUGUUUUUCCAUUAUGUCCUCUUAUAACAACCGUUUAAGAACAAUUUAACAAUGAUCUAAAAACUCGAGAUGACAAUAAAGGCCCAAUAUUGACUAUAAACCACAAAAGGUUCUGAUUGUGAGGACCGAUAAGCUCAAUCACCUCAGAAGGCACAACAAACACACAAAAAAGAAAGAAAGAAAAAGGGGUGGAAAACCCAAAGAACAGUUAGAUUAUGAUUCAGCCAGCUACUGCCAGAGCCACUAACUUACUGUAUAUGCAAAGGUCUGUAAAAUGUCAACAAUCUAUAUACAUGUCCCGGAAAGCAUUAAACAUAUAUAGCUGGAAUCGUUCUUUUCGGGUCUCCAAUCUGCAUCAAUAUUCUGUGAUAAGUGCAUAAGGCAAAGAUUGUCUCUUCAAAGACACCUAAGAGCCCAUUUAGGCCAGUUAAUCCAAAAAAAAAAGAUUUCUCUUAUGUCUCAGCUUCCCCACCAAAAUAAAGCGGAGCUGAAUUUAACAUAACAGUUAAUUGCUGUUAAGUGCUUUCCUGAUACCAUAUCCACAACUUUAGUGGGCUGUUAUUGUUAUGGUGUAAGGUAUACAAUCCUGAUAUCCACAAGGUGGAUAUAACCGAGAAAGAGAAGAGGAAAUGAGACAAACUUAUAGUCAAUAAAUAAAUAGAUAACCUAGCUCUGAGACUGGAAAAUUUAGGAAUUCACCAAACCCUAUAAGACAUAAAAGCAAUACACCAUAAAAUAUGGUGUGGGUAUCCAGGAGCUAUAAAUCGGGAGUAUGAUACACGUAGUAAGGUGAGAGAUAAAAUACAGAUAAUUGGCACUCAAAUUUAUAAAUGAAAUAUAAAAGGAUAGUAUGCAAGUUCGUUAAUAAAUUUUUUUAAGUUUGAUAAAUUAAUAACACAGUCCAAAAUGAGGUAGUAUUUCGAUUUGCAGAAUAUUUAUAUAUAUUUAUAUAUGUAUCUUUUGAGUCCUUGUUUUAGAUCAUAGAAACAUAGAAUGUGACGGUAAAUAAAAACCAUUCGGCCCAUCUAGUCUGCCCAAUUUUCUAAAUACUUUCGUUAGUCCCUGGCCUUAUCUUAUAGUUAGGAUAGCCUUAUGCCUAUCCUACGCAUGCUUAAACUCCUUUACUGUGUUAACCUCUACCACUUCAGCUGGAAGGCUAUUCCAUGCAUCCACUACCCUCUCAGUAAAGUAAUACUUCCUGAUAUUAUUUUAAACCUUUGCCCCUCUAAUUUAAGACUGUCCUCUUGUUGUGGUUUUUCUUCUUUUAAAUAUGGUCUCCUCCUUUACAGUGUUGAUUCCCUUUAUGUAUUUAAAUGUUUCUAUCAUUUCCCCCUGUCUCGUCUUUCCUCCAAGCUAUACAUGUUAAAAUCCUUUAACCUUUCCUGGUAAGUUUUAUCCUGCAAUCCAUGAACCAGUUUAGUAGCCCUUCUCUGAACUCUCUAAAGUAUCAAUAUCCUUCUGAAGAUACAGCAAUCAGAGUGAGCAGACUCUGUCAUAACUGAGUAAGAUCUAUAGCAAACCAGACAAAGUUGUUGAACUGCAUGGUGUCUUUUAUGUGCCCACUUAGCAAACUAUUACAGCUUUCACUGCCGCAAUCAGGUAAAUUGGACUACUCAAUAAAAUAAGUGUAAGUCAAGAACACUUACAGGGCUCUUCAUUAAAGUGGAUAUUCAAAGUAAAUUUCAAAUUUCAAACCAGAGUAGCUGAAUGGAAAGCACAGGUGACUUAGACAAUUAUUUUUAGUUUGUCUAUUUUGAUCUUGAAUUUGAAAUUCUCUUGAAUUCAACUUGAAAUCUUACUUUACUGAAUAACCCUGUUAACCUGCCGUUUAUGCUCAGCCUUGCAUAACACUUGCAGAAGGCUAUUUUGCAAUCCCAGGUAUGCCUUAAAAUACUCACUUGGAGUUGCUUGAAGUAGUCUUAAAGUAUGAAUUUAAAGUAGAUUAUAUUCAAAUGUAAGGUUAAAAACUAGGACUUUUCCUUAAAGUUCUUGCAAAACUGUAAAUGGUGGUUUGUAUUUGUUAAAUUUGCUAUAUUUUUCAAAGUGGGUAAAAGCACUUGUUUCCAUCUGUACAACUGCUAAUUGAGUUAGUUGGUGAAGUGUUCCUUUCAUUUGUGUGUUUGUUUGUUUUUUUGUCUUUUUUUUGUAAAGCUACAUAAACUCAUAACUAACUCACUUUGAGCUAUAUGCAGGAGUCUAUUUUAAAGUAGGCUAAAAUUAAGUAGAAGGUUUAAAGAAACAAGAUAAUUACAGUUUUCACGUUUUUAUACUUGUUUUUUGUGUCUGGGGAAAUGAGUGAUAUGAUGAUUGUAGCUCUGACUCGGUGCACAUCUUUUAACAUGUAUAGAUGGAUGGAAGAAAUCUUCCAGGAUCCAUACCUCUGUGGUACAUAUGAGUGUGUAGCUUCACUUGAAGCUCAGAUCUGGAGAAGAAAAUUGCAACAUUGAGGCAGAUUGACAAUACUGAAAUAAUCUGCUACUCACUGAGCAGAGUUUAGUUGGGAAAUCUACUGAAGUAAGAAAACAUAAGAUAGUUGAGGAACAGGGAAUUAUUGAGUGACAAUUACAUGUGGUAGCAGGGGUGGAGGGAAAAGUAAAGGUUUGCAAAAUUUUGGGCUAGUCCUGAUUUCUGAAGUAAAUCAGAUUUGCUACCUCCUCUAGUAUGAGUGGGAUCAAGAAUGUAAGAAAUGUUAGACAGGUUAUGGUAGUAGGAGACUUAUUAUGAGAGUAGACAGGGUAAUCUUCCACUCUGAUCACCUUAAUGAGACAGUUUGCUGCAUCUCACCUUAAUUGGACAGUUUGUUGUUUGGACAGAGUAAAUGGCUUGGGAGAGGCUGGCACCAUAUAUGUACCAAUGACAAAGCCAGAGGAAGUUUGAGGAUCAUAAAGAAUGAAUUUAGAGGAUUAGGAAAUAAACUGAAAAAACAUACAUUGAAUGUAGUAUUUUCAGAUAUACUAUCUAUGCCAAGUGCUAUAGUGGAAAGUCAGCGUGAGAUUACGUAGGUUACUCUGUGGCUGAAGUUGUGGUGUAAGAAAAAGGGUUUAGGCAUUUUAGAACACUGGGGUCAUUUUGCACUUGGUUACAAUUUCUAUAACCAUGAUGGAUUGAACAGUGUUAGGAAUACUAUAACCCACCACACAACUUUGGUCAAAAAUACAGAAUACCCUACAGAGCAUGAUACCAAUCCUUAGAGUGGCCGAGCUAAUGUAAGAAUAUAGGGGAAAUUGUAAACAGAAACAAGUCAAGGUCAACAUUACGUAGAUACGAAGAAACAAGAUAACUAGCCAAGGUCAGGGAAAUGGAGAUACAGAGUCAGGUGAAACAAGCCAAGGUCAAUGCUAGCAGUGGGAAAAUGCGCCAACUGGGAACCUAUAUGGAAAUCAAAACAAGGCAAAGAUAUCAGGGCAAACACACUAUUCAAACUGUUAUGUGCACUUUAAUAGGAUAGAACCAGAAGUGACACAAUAGACCUGGCUUUAAUUAAAAAGUGCACACUGCAAGAGGGCAGCAUUUAUAAUGCUUCACAAGAGGAGAGGAAGCUUGGCAUCCUCCUGAUUGGUGUAGGCAGCCCUCACAGGAACUAACCAAGACGUCUACCCAUCACUAUUUGGCCCUUGUAAAAGUCACUCAGAUAUUUCUCCUGCUGUUAAUACAUGAAAUUCAAGAAUUGACUCUUCUCUUGCUGUCAAAUAUAUUCCACCUCCAGAGAGGUGUCAUUGUAACAAUAUAAUCCGUGUUAUUUACAUCACUACUCAGUGGUUCUAAUGUUGUGAUUGAUCAGUGUAUAAUAACUGUCAGAUUAAUGCAUGCUUUAAAAUAAUCACAAUGGAAUAAAAUAUGAAUGUGCUUGGUAUUUGAAGAUGUAAUUUAGUAUUAAUAGAUGUACACAUACAUUAUGUUUAUGUGUACCUCUACUAAUACUAAAUUAGAAGAAAAAGAUAUGGCUUUAAAUAAGCUAUAUGUACAAAAAAUGAUUUGACUGGAAAAUAAAAAGAUACUUGUGACAAACUCCCCUUUCCGCGUGAGUUUGCCAUGAGUUCCUGGAGGCGCAUGCUUGCCAGCCUCCUGCCCACAAACUAUGGGCCCUGUAAUAUGUCCUGUAAAUAUAUAGUCUAUUUGGACUAUAUGGCUCAGGAACCGAACAGCCGCACGAACCAGAGACCACCCGGGAGCUUGUUAAGCCUAAUUGCUAUUUUGUAGCAAUUUCCAUUGCAGUGUUCUAAGUGUUCGUCUGGGUGGCCGCAUUUCCUAUGGACGACCACAAGGUGGCGGCCAUCUUGUUCGCAUGAAUUCAAGCAGCGGUGUUUGGUUGUCAAGUUCAAGGAACUGAAGACUGACACAGAAACGCCCGACUUACAGCAUCACCUGCGUUCAGUUCUACAAUACAUAGGAAGACACUGUUUUGUGGAAACGUUCCCAUGAACAAGGUAAACAAGCUUCAGGGUAAGAAUAUUGACUUUGUUCGGUAGUUUGUUCAGUUUUAAACUACUGAACUAGACCGACCGCUAGCCCUGAUCUUGUGGAACUGUUUUGGGCAGGAUCCUCAUAUUAAGACUUCCUGGAAAUUCCUGAUUUUUGGAUAUGUUGGUCACCCAGGUCAGGGCUAUCUAGGGAUGUAACCUUUAGGGUGUUAUGUAUUUUUAAGGUACUUUGGGGGUGUUUGGUACAGUUCCUGCCUCCAUUAUCUCUCAGGCAUAGGGGAGGGAUUAUCCUGUUUUGAGUGUCAUGGGCGUGAUUGUCUGUGUGCAGAAAUGUAUAAAAGCAGGCCAUCUGGCCAGACUAAAGGUAUUCCAAAUUGUACUCCCAGAACUAUGUGUCAUCUGGUUACUGGGAGGGGAAAGGACUAAUCACGAAUCACUGUUCCAGUGUGGAGGAUUCACCGGGGAAUGUCCUUGUAAGGACUAGAGCUCCCAGGACUGAGUGUCGUCCAGUGCCUGGGGGUUGCUAGAGCAAGUUCCCCAUUCGGCUCCAGGAGGGAGGGUUUCCAGGACCCCCGUCAAGCCACGGUGACUGUGGGCAGAAGUGCUGCGGUUUGUCCCAUGCUCCAGCUAGGAAGCAGUCAUUGACGGAGGUACCCAGCCAGGGGUAAAGGGAGCUCUGUUACAAUACUAUAUGGGGUAAAAUCUAAAUAUAUUCCUGACAAACAUGACACACUGAUUAUAUGCAAACAAUGUAUUAUGAGUCAGUGUACAUUUUAAAAUACUCUUUUAUUGAGAAAAAAAAAUUAUAUUUGUGUUACAAUUCUGAAAACUGAAAAUUUUGUUUUAAAAAUCUUUUAGAGCACAAUUAAUAUAAUUUAUUCUUGGUAUUUGGCAGCAUAGAAAAUAUUAUGCAUUUUUUUUAGAUGUAACACUUUUUUAAUCUUUAGGAAACAGGAAUUGAUUUUGAUCAUCCUAAAAAAAUGUUUCUUUACUUUCUUACAGGUCUAAAAUUUUUUGAUCUUCAUGGGAGUGGCUGGGAAAAGCAAUUAUUAGCUUUAGACAUGGAGAGGCAGGUCUUAAUUCAGUGGAAGAAGCAUGGACUCCCAUUUGUGACUCUGAGUUUCUUUACUCUCAAAGACUAUGCUACUGUCACCAAUGAAAUUGACCGGCUUGCUGGUGGCCCUCAAACAAUUAUUGUCAUUGCUCUUGGACAACAUUUCAGACCCUUCCCUCUACCUUUGUUUGUAAGAAGACUUCUCAAUGUACGGAAGGCCAUUGAACGCCUUUUCCUGAGAAGCCCUGAGACUAAGGUGAUCAUUAAAUCAGAAAAUACCAGGGAAAUAAAAACAGAUGUAGAGCGAUUUAGUGACUUUCAUGGUUACAUUCAAUAUCUCUUGGUCAAAGAUGUCUUUAAAGGGCUUAACAUUGGAAUGAUUGAUGCUUGGGACAUGACAGUAGCAUUUGAUUCCAACGCUGCUCAUCCACCUGAGAUUGUAAUUAAAAACCAAAUUAAUAUGUUCUUGGCAUAUAUAUGUUAA